UAUUUCACUUUAGCUUAUUGCACCAGUGUAGCAGUGCAGUUAAAAAGAACAGGCCACAGACCAUACAUUAUUACGCUUCGUGUGGUGAGAUAUCACCGUAAUUAUAGUUUAGUACGAAGGGAGAAUUUGCGAACGCAAAAUGAGUGAACAACGACAAUACUCAGAAAAUCCUGAUAUUCAAUGGGCACUAAAUUUACUGAAACCUGAUCCCAAUUAUGAAUCUAGUAUCUUGCAAAAGUAUACGUCAGAAAUAUUAUGUAUUGGAUGUGCUUUUGCAGCUGGGUGCAUAAGAAAUGUUGCUAUUAGCAGGCCAAUUUUUGCUGGUGUGCAGAUGCAUGUUGCAUCUAUAGUAGGAGGAUAUAUGGUGUCACAAUUGGCGAAUACAGUAAUUGACCAUUUCAAAGCUGAACGUGAUACUAGAUUAAGAACUUAUGUUAUGCUGCAUCCAGAACUUUUUCCUGAGCCAGUACGUGUAAAAAAUGCUGAUAUACUUGAGCCAUGGACUCCCAUACGUUAGGUGAUUACUAUUGUUUAUUUAGACAAUUGUGAACACUUCUCUGACAGUAAACAAACAAUGUGAUUCAACAUAAUAAAUGUAGAUGUACUAUAUAUGUAUAUACUUAUACACAAUAUUAAAAUGUAUCGUUACGGUCAAUAAAAUGACCAAUUUUAAAUAUAAUAUUAUGAUAAGAGAUUGCUUUUGUGAAUGUCUUAGAAUAAGUAUAUUCUGUAAAGAGAACACAUGUACAAGAAUAAUCAUUUCAGAUUGCUGUUAUCCUGCGAAAGAAAGAAUGUGGUUUAUGGGAUUUUAUAUAGCACGGAUACACUUUAUUUUCUCUUUGUUAAUAGUCCAGAUCGAGCAGUAUACGCUUAACAUUAUAGGUGUCUGUGAACGAUUGUCAAGUAUGUGCUCUGUACGAGAAUAAAAGUACAAGUUCA